AUAUAUAUACAGUACAUCUAUUAUACAAAUGCAUUGUUAUAUUUUUAUAUAUUCUGUAUGUAUAUUUUGUUCCUCUUUUAGCAUUUUAUAGCAGAGCAUUGAUUGUUUACAGUAUGUACAGUUUAGUGGACAGAAACACCAGGAGGAUGCCCUCGUGGAUACUUUGCGGGUGUUUGCGACUAUGCCGUUGUAGUCAAUAAUGGGUGAGCAGGUAACAGACCCUUUGAGUGGAGUUUGUGGUGGAACUAAUCCAAUUAAUGAUAUUAUCAAUAACAACAGUAGUAUACAGUGUGUAUCAGAUUGAUAGUAGCGUGAUUAAGUAAAAAAAAUCCAUUUAUUUUGACAUAUCUGUGUUUUUUGUUGUUGUAUACAGUGUUAGACUUUUGAUAUUGUUAUAUUAAUAUGUUGUUUACAACCUCAGGGAAUACGUAAGGUACAUGAAUGGUUAGCACGCUGGCCUCACAGGCUGGAGGUUGAGGGUUCAAAUCUCACCGGCUUCCCAAAAACAUGCAUGUUAGGAUCAGAGACUUUAAAUUGUCCUGUGAACGUGACUGUGAUUGCUUAGUGGAAAAGAAAACGUUUUGUACGCCCCUGGAUAAAGUGAAAUGGACCAAACCAUCAAUUCAGAGCGACGUUGAACUCCAAUAUUUGCUGAUGGAGGAAAUCCAGCGGGCGUCACUUGUUCCUUCUCCCCCUCCUUCCUUUUAAUCGGCCGCCCACACCCUGAGUACCUUAUGGAUGCAAGCCUUCCCACCAACAUUUGCCCCUGUCAGUCAGUCUGAACCAACCCCCAACCUUGUCUUGUCAACUUACCCCCGAGGUUGGUCUCACUCUUUUUCAACGCCCUCCUGCCAGCGUCUCCAACAUUGACCAGUUACUGACUGGAAACUGAGACUAGAAUCCAGGACAUUUGAGGACCUUUUGGGGGGAGAAACCCGGAACACGUACCAGGACUUUGGCUUGGAAUAUUAUCCAUUUACCGGACCUUGCUAAUUGGAUAACUGUGUGUGUGUGUUUACGUGAAUUUGGGAGAGUGUGUGUGCGGUGUUUGCAGACCUGAGCUACAGGUUGUGGACUUGAGGUUUAUUCCUUAUCUGGUCCAGUCUGGUUUUUGGACAUGGCGUCCCUAAGAAGUCUGAUUCUUGCGCUGCUGAUGGCGCUGCUCUGCUCCUUCCACACACCGUUGGCUCCUGUCGCCAAGGCACAGGAUUUGCCUUUCCAGUCUGAGCAAGGCCUGAUGGCUGAUGAUGAUGAUGAUGAUGAUGACGACGAUGAUGACGACGAUGAUGAUGACGAUGACGACGAUGACGACGAUGACGACGAUGACGACGAUGAUGACGAUGAUGACGACGAUGAUGAUGACGACGAUGACGAUGAUGAUGACGACGAUGAUGAUGACGAUGAUGACGAUGAUGACGAUGACGACGACGAUGACGACGAUGAUGACGACGACGACGAUGAUGACGACGAUGAUGACGACGACGAUGACGAUGAUGACGACGACGAUGAUGACGACGACGAUGACGACGACGAUGAUGACGACGACGACGAUGAUGAUGACGAUCAUGAAGAUGAUAAUGAUAAAGAUGAUGAUGAUGACGAUGAUGAUGAUGAUGAUGACGAUGACGAUGACGAUGAUGAUGACGACGACGAUGAUGACGACGACGACAAAGAUGAUGAUGAUGACGAUGAUGAUGACGAUGAUGAUGAUGACGACGAAGACAAAGAUGAUGAUGAUGACGAUGAUGAUGACGACGACGACAAAGAUGAUGAUGAUGAUGAUGAUGAUGAUGAUGAUGACGAUGACGACGAUGAUGAAAAAUACAACAAGGGCUCCGUGUGCGCAUAUUGUGAAUUCUGCGAGCACUGUGACAGCUGUGAAAGAUGUCCUUGUGAAGAAGGGGACAAGUCUGAACACUGUGAUGACUGCAAGAUGUGUAGUUUCUGCCACGUGUGUCCAGCUUGUCAAACUCUUUGCCAGCCUGGGGGUUUCCUUGACACGGUGACUGGGUCCAUCUACAAGACUGUCGCCGAUGUCUUUGACGACGAUGACGAGGACAACUGAGUGUCGCCAUCGUGUGGCCAGUCCAACAUCUUCACUUUAGUUUGCUAUUUUUGUUCCUUUUUUUUCCCACAGCCUCAUACUCGUGUUUGCAUCUUUCACAUCAGGGGGUAGAGUUUGGACACAACUGGUGUUUACUAAUGAUUAAUAAUUCAACGGUAACUUAAUAAACAUCCACACUGUUGUUAUACUGCACAUGGUCUGAUUGAAAUAAGCACCUAAUAUGUAGCAUUAAAGCGCUGACUAUGACAUUAAUAUUUAUUGUUUUAAAGGAUUUGAUGCUGUCUGAUGUAGAGAAUCACAAACAAAGCAAGCAAUGGCGAAUACAGUGUGAACCGCUUAUCUCAACAACUGUCUGGGUGGAACACAUCAAGGCCUGGUAGGCCCUGUUCUUCUGGACCGUUCAUGAAAUGGGUCUGUUUAUGUCGACGUGUGUUGUAUUGUGUCGUUAACUUCAUCGUUAUCGCUAAGUUAUGUUGGCAACUGCUUAUGUUGACGUCAGUCAGUGGGGCCAAGUGAUUGACUUGAACUGGUUCCACUGCACAAUGGUGUUCACAAAGUCUAGACCAGUGGUUCUUAACCUUGUUGGAAGUACCGAACCCCACCAGUUGCAUAUGCGCAUUCACCGAACCCUUCUUUAGUGAAAAAUAAAAUGUUUUUUUUUUUUCCAAAUUCAAGACAAAGUUAUAUGUUUUUGGUAACACUUUAGUAUGGGGAACAUAUUCUAAGUAACAAAGACUUAAUUUAGAGUUAUUUGGUUAGGGUUAGGGCCAGGGUUAGAGGGUCAGGGUUACAUGCCGAAUAAGGCAUUAAUAAGUACUUAAUAAUGAUUAGUUAAGAGCCAAUA